AUGGGAAAUGAAACCGGUGCAAAUCCAAACAGUUCGCCUGUACAGGGUGAUAUGGCUGACUUCGUGCGCGUAAUGUUCGAACAGAACAGACUGCGUGAGCAGCAGAUGGAGCAAAUAAUAACCAAAUUAAUGGACAACCAGAAAACGACGACACCGAUGAUGCUACCUAAUCUGACGAAAAUGAUCCCAAUGUUUAAUGGCGAAACAGGUGAUACUGAUGCGGCAGCGGAGUGGUUGAAUGCGUUGAAAACCGCCGCGCAGUUAAACGGUUGGCCUGAUGAGAGUACGUUGGAAGCGGGACGCUCUUAUUUAGAGGGAGCAGCGAGGAACUGGUAUCUCAGUCACAUGGUUGAACUUAACACUUUUGCUAAAUUCUCUAAAUCGUUCAAAGCUAUGUUUAUGGCACCAGAAGAAGUAACAGAAACAUGGAAGAGAAUGUACGAGCGUGUUCAACUUAAGAAUGAAACGGUCUUCGCUUAUUUCCACGACAAAGUGCGGAUGUGUCGCCGGUUGAAAUUAUCCAUGAGUAAAACCAAGACAAUGAUUUGCGUCGGGUUACAUUCUCGAGAUAUGUCAAGUGCAUUAAUGAGUAAUGGACAUGUACUUGAAGAAGAGUUGAUGGUUGAUAUUCGUGAAUACAACGAAGUGAGUUUAAUUCGUGGUGAAUGUUUCCGUAAUACGUUGACAUCGGGUAGACAAGUACUCGCCGCGAAAAGUACAAGUGUACCGAAGGUCGGUACGGAUAAACAGAAUGCAAUUACGAGUUGUCCAAUUAAGAAAGAGUUUCGUAAAACUAAUGAUGGACCUCGUUGUUAUAAUUGUCAACUGACCGGACAUAUUGCAAUUGAUUGUACGCAACCACGACGACCACUUAAAUGCACUAAGUGUAAAUUGGAGGGACAUACAUCUAAAUAUUGUGAAGUAGCCAAUACGCUGGAUGUGAGUUUAGUGAGUUGUCAAACUAAAAGUAAAUUCAUGUAUUACAUGAAAGAAGUGCGUAUCAACGACAACAAGAAAACCGUCCGAGGUCUAGUCGAUUCCGGUAGUGCUUUUACUAUUAUAACAAAGACUAUUGAAAAAUCCUAUGGUCUGGAGGUGCGACCUAAAACAGUAAACAUGUACGUCUACGGAAAUGUUCAAUCAAUAGCAAGUUAUGGUAAAACACAAGCGACCAUACAUGUUGAUGAAGUGAGUGAGCUCAUCACACUGGUGGUAGUUGACGACCAAGUCCAACAAUACGACAUGAUAAUUGGGCGUUCCUUUACAGACUGCGAAAAUGUUACAUUUAUCAAAACAACGGAUUAA